AUGGGCACUCAGAUGUUGGCUUUCACGCAGGCAUUUACCCCAUUUGUGAACUCAUCGGUUGGCCAGAUCACCCCAGCUCAGGCCACGGUUCAGGCAACUCAGAGAGCAGCUAGGACAGCUAGGACAGCAGCUGGUGUAGCUCGUGCAGCUGCACAAGUAGCUCGAACAGCUUCCAGGACCGCCGAGGACCGACCAACGUUUGCUGGUAGUUCUGAUCCCAUUGAGGCAGACGAGUGGAGGAGCAGAUUGGCUCGGAAUUUCAGCUCAACUCGUUGCCCAGAGGACAAUGGGACAAUUGAGCGGUUCUCAGACUUCGACGUGGAGUUCAACCACAAAUACUUCCCGGCUGAAGCUUGGGACCGUCUGGAGUCUCAGUUCCUAAACAUGACUCAAGGACGCAUGACAGUAUGUGAGUACAAAGAGAAGUUCAACCGGCUCAAACGAUAUGUGGGUAAGGAGUUGGAGGAGGAGAUGGUACAUAUACGUAGGUUUGUUCGAGGCCUAAGGGUCGAACUUCGAACCUAUUGCUCUGUUGGUCACUUCCAGUCAGUGUCUGAACUGGUGGAACGCAUGGCUUUGGUGGAGACUAACUUGGCCGAAGAGGCCAAACUGAAGUCUAGGAGCCACACGGCUUCUAGUGGAUCCGGAAGCGACCGGAAGGGAAAGAGGGACACGGCCGAAGGUGGCAAGGCCUCAAGUGAUAGGCCAGAGUGUCCUUCAUGCGGAAGGCAUCACGGUGGAGAGAGUUGGAAGGCAAAGGGGGCUUGCACCCGUUGUGGCAAGAUGGGGCACUUUGCUCGAGACUGUCUUGGACGGUCAGAGAACCGUGGACAGGGCUCGGGGAGUGACCCCAGAAGCUGUCAUUACAGCAGCAAGACGGGACACCUACGCUAG